AUGUCGUCGUUUGGCUCCACUUCCCUCGUGUUUCUCACCGGAUCUGGAAUUCCUCGCGUCUUCGAAGCAUUUUCGAAUGUUUUCGAAGCCCCGACCGAGCCAGAAAUGGUAGAAAUUGAGAGCAGGCGAGCCCCCUGGUGUGAAGCUUGUGUUGCUUCCGAGUAUAGUUUUGAUGCUCAUGCAUACUCGUUAGGGAUCGGUAUCAGGGAUGCCAGGCAAGAGACCGCAUACUGCCAUGUGUUGGAGUCGCUGUUGGCCUCAGGUGCUCCAUCUUUGUAUCGAUUAGGAACUGUAACCCCAGUGUAUCUCCGUCUCCCUUUGGGAUUCCGACAUACAUUUGACUACAGUACCCCUCGACUGUUUGCGACACGGCGCAGCUAUCACUCGCGAUCUACGAUGUCGGGAAAGGGAUCUCGUCCGCCUUCGGACAAUAGAAACCCCUCGGAGCCUUCGGAGGAUCAGCUUCUGACGCGUAUUGAGUUCGACCUUCUGGUGUCCGGUCAGAAUGCAUUGAUGCAUUCGUUUCAUUACUUUGCCGACACGCUCCGAAACAUGACUCCGAAAUUCGAUAGAAUGUACGAGAUGUUCCGCAGCAAGUUCAGCAAUGAUGUUGACCCGACAGUCUGUAAGCUCGCACCUCCACGCCUCGGUGACCCUUAUCAUGGAAUCACGCAAUUCGAGAAGGACCUUCGCAAACAGCGAAAACACUUUUUGGCCUGCACGAGAAUCGCAAGAUUAUUUGAGAAAGUCCUCGGAGACGUUCGCAAGGGACGUUUAGACAGCCACCUCGUGGAUCGUUGUAUCAGCAAAUUUGCGUCUGAACAUUGUGGUGAAUCCUCGGAUUCGUCUGACUCUUCUGACGACUCGGAUGCCGGAGAAUCUGAUUCAGAUAACCCGCCGUCUUCGUCCGAUGAUGAGAAAGAUGAUUCGGAUGACAACGCCUUCGGGAACCUCGAAUUCUCAGGUUAUCUUGAAGAAAUCGAUUACUUCCCAGUAGGCCAAGCCAACUGA